UCCUAGAAUUCAUGCAGCUGAAGAGGAGCGUCAUGAAAAAGAAACAGAAGAUGUUGUGAGUUUUGUGCGUUUAGCCCAGUAGGCGUUGUCAGUAGGGAAGACUGAAACCUCUUACAGCAAGUUGGUUUAAUAUUUAGCCUACCAUAUUUCAGUGGGAAGUGAUCUAAAAACAAUUCACUUUUCAUCUCAGGAGGUAUCCGAAGCACGUUGAUUAUACAACAAAGCCAAAUAGCGCCGCUGGGAGGGUCAUGAGGGGGGGCGUAAAACUCCAGUCAGCACAUGACACACUGGGACGGAGGAAGACGCCUAAGCAAGCCAACUAGAGUUUGGAAAUGUCAAAUCCGUGCUCGGUAAUAGAGUUUACAGUGCGUCUCCCGCAGCCAAUGGUUUGGCUGGAGUGAGCUCAGCCUCUGCUGGAGUUGUUUGGCGCCUGAGCUCAGCGCGAUACUGUGCGUAAAGUGGACCUGUCAGACGCAGCGGUGCCAUGGCAAGCAGAGCAACGCAGCGGCCAAAGUCCAUCCUUAAACGCACGGAAUAACAUCUUGUAAACGGAGGCUGAAGGUUGUAAAACGAUCGACAGCUUCAGAAAACUGAUAAUGUGAAGUAGAAAGGUGGGUCUGUCCGUCUCCAUCGACUCAGUUGCGCCGAGGAACGAUGCUGAACAAGGCUGCGGGAGGAUUUUCUACCACAGCUGCCAGACUGCCAGAUCUUGUUUGGAUACCAUCUUGUCCUUUACUACGAGUUUGAACUUGUCCAUCAAUCAUGGAGAGCCUCAGUGAGCUCCAGAACCCUCUCUUGGACAAAACCAGCAGACAUGUGGUCCAGAAUGACUACCAGGGUUAUCAAUGCGACUACCCAAGCCAGCCUUACCAGGACAACCUCAUCGGCUACUAUUACACCGGGACUAAUGGCAAACAUAAGACUCAGCAGUUCCUGGAUGCCACCUCUCUGCAUCUUGCGGUGGAGGCCUUUUACAGGCCCAACUUCAUCCUGUACAAGGAUGACGUCAGUCUCCACAGCAAGGACUCCAAGAGUGAGAGCUUUGAGACCACCUUCACUGAGAGUAAGGACGCUGUGUUGGAUGGAGUACCCACAGAGAUCCCACUGGACAGCACACAAGGAGAGAAGGAUGUGAAGAUCCAGACUGUGUCGUACGAGGUGGAAGAGGAGCAGGGCCCUGAGUAUGAGAGUGACAGCUCUAGUGAUAGUGAGAGUGAGGACAACUUCAUCGUGCUGCCCCCUCGGGACUACCUGGGCCUGGCCAUCUUCUCCAUGCUCUGCUGCUUCUGGCCCUUGGGCAUUGUUGCCUUUUACUACUCACACAAGACCGGCAAGGCCAUUGCUAAGGGAGACUUCUCCAGAGCAGGCAUGAGCUCCAGAAGAGCCCUAUUCCUGGCUGCUCUUUCCAUUACCGUUGGCGCAGGGAUGUAUGUGGGGGUGGUUGUGGCCCUCAUAGCCUACCUGUCCAAACCAGGACAUGUAUAGCACUGGGACUGGUUUGCUUUGGGGGAGAUAGAGGGCAAGAGGAAGCUACAGAGAGAAUAAUGAUGGGAAGAAGGAAUAAUGUUGAAUGAAUCUCUUCACCCUGCUCCUGAAGGCAUCUGCCUGUGUUGCUGGGAGAGAGGCAAUAUGGAGAAAAAAGCAAACCAGAAGACAGAAAGAGGGAGAAACAAGACAACUGUGGAUGGAGUAUUUCUUGGGCUGCAUAUUGAUCUUGACUGAAUUGUUAUUUGAGGGAUGCAACACUCUCCCACCAGAAAAAGAAGAAAAGAAAAAGCUGGGAAAUAUGAAUACUCUUCCACAAAGACUGUGCUGUACUUACAUGUUAGAAAAAACAGCUCUUAGCAGUAAAAAAAACUACCUACCUUUUAACGCAUUAGUCGUUUACAGCAACUGUCAUUUUUAUUUUUCCUUUGCUGUAGGUGUAUUCUCUGUUAAUACUAUUGCAGAUUGUGUAUUGUCCACUUUGUAAAUGAAGCCCACUGGGAAACACUCAGACGCUUGGAUUUUAUAUCUAUUCAAGGACAUGUGGAGAAUUAAAAUCAGGAGGUAAACAGUGAGAAGUGGAUCUUUAAUGGACACAUAACAAAGACAAAUGUCAAAAUGCACACAAAACUGAUGAGCAGGGGACAAGAGGGUUAUUUGUGUUUAUUGUGUACUGUAAAUUUAGUCAAUAAAUACAUUUGGCAUGACAAUAAAA